GAUACAUUUAGGUCAAGCUUCUAGAUGCUCUUUGAUAAAAGAUACAGAUAAAGUAGUUAUAUUUAUACAUGUUAUUUAUCUUUAUUGCGGCAAAGAUUUCGACGGACCGCUUAGUAAACAAUAAAUUAUUGUAAAUGAGUAAUCUCCUGGUUGAUUAUUCCUGCUCGUAUAAGUCUUCCUGCUGUUCCGCGGUGGCGCUAGUGUGCUUUGCUGUAAAACUUAAAUAACAAUUUUUAUUCCAAUUUUACAGUUUCGUCUAAAAUGUUAAGGUGUAGUUUUAUAAAAACAAUGACAAAACCACACUUUCUCAUUCGACAUAUUGUUUCACAUUUAUAUAACAUUUUUUAUUACCCACAAAAUUACAUUUCCGAACGAGAGGUGUUAGUGUGAUGGCCGCCAUGUUUGGAUUUGGAAAGUGACGUUUGUAUGUUUACAAGUUAAAAAAGUUUAGGCGUUCGUUUUGAAUGCGAUAGAGAUAUUGUUUUUAUCGGUGCCGGUAAAGUUGAUAAGUUAGGCAUUAAUGCAAAAUUAUAUGUAAUUCUUAUACUUUGUAAUGUUUACAAUGAUUUCGGUUUAGGACGCCGGUCAAGUUACAAUGCAGGAUCAACAACAACAAACAAAAGCGCGGAAACGAGUACCUAAUUUUACUGCCGACGAAAAAGCCUUAUUGGCACAUUUGGUAAAGAGACGUCCAAUUGUUCAAACAAAAUUUACCGAUGCUAAAACAGUUAGCAAAAAACAGGCGGCUUGGAAUUUAAUCACACAAGAAUUUAACAGCAAUGCCAAUGUACAUAAGCGCGAAACCCUUACAUUAAAAAGGGCAUGGGAGAAUAUGAAGGCAUUUACGCGCAAAGAACGAGCCAAUUUACUUCAAACUGGAGGCCAUCCUGCUUCACCAUUACAACAUGAAGCUUUAUUAAAUCUGAGUGAUGAGGACUCUUCCAUGAUGUUACCUGAACUAGAGAAUGAUUUUGAUAGCGACAGUGCAAUAUUAGACUCAGUAGAACCAAAUAGCCCAGAACCAGACCCUCCACGUGUAAUGGACCCUAUAAUGUCGCCUUUUUUAGAAGUUGAGGUAUGCAUGGAACCGGAACCAAUUGAAAAUGACACAAGUACACAAAGAGAAGAUGCAGACAUUGCUGGACCAUCUCAAGAUUGUAAUGAUCAAAUUGAUAAAGGAUAUUCUCGGACACCUUAUGUCAAUCAAGGUUACAGACCGUUGGACUACAUGCGAAGAGAAAGUAUACUAAGAGUAAGAUAUUUAGAACGUAAGAAGAAAUUGGAACUGGAAUUAUUAAAAGUACAGCUAGAAACAGAACAAAUAAAACAAAGAACUGCAUUAAUAGAAGAAGAAAUGGCACAAGUUAAGCUUUUACAAUUAAAAAAAAGUGUAGAACAACAUAAUAGUUACUAGUUAUAUGUUAUUUAUAUAUUUUUUUUAAUAAAUACUCCUUUAAU